ACUUCACAUAGAUAUACAUAAUAAAUCAUAAACCGUAUUUAUACGACUGGUAAACUACAGAAGGUACAUCUCAUUUUGCAUACAUCAACUGACCAAAAAGGAGAAGCAGUAAGUCGUGACCAAAAAGUUGGAUCUCCAAUAUAUCUGUUGUUUAUUGACUAUUGUCGUCUGGCGACAAGUUUUAAACCGUUAAAAAUAUCUGCGACGACCGCAGAUCUGCUAAGACGUUUAUAUAUCGGAGAACGCUCACCUCCGAACUGUAGCAAUGGGAUCGCUGUUCCGCAGCGAGGAAAUGGUCCUGUGUCAGUUAUUUUUGCCGAGUGAAGCCGUUUAUUCUUGCUUAUCCGAACUAGGAGAAUUGGGCUUGGUUCAGUUCCGGGAUUUGAAUCCUGAUAUGAAUGUUUAUCAACGGAAGUUUGUCAGCGAUGUUCGCCGCUGCCAUGAAAUGGGACGUAAACUCAUGUAUUUGAGAAAGGAGAUUAAUAAGGAUGGAAUACCUGUGAUGGAUACAGGUGAAAAUCCCGAAGCCCCUCAGCCCCGUGGAAUGAUUGACCUUGAAGCUAUCUUAGAAGAAUUAGAAAAUGAUUUAAGAGAAGUAAAUAAUAAUGCUGAAGAUUUAAAACAUAUUUUUCUUGAGUUAACAGAACUCAAACAUAUCUUAAAAAAAACUGAAGUAAUCUUUAAUGAGGUUAAUCAGCAAAUGGGUAUCGCAGUUGCUUCGCAGACGGCUGACCCAAGUUGGGAGGACGAGCAAGUGACACUGCUAGGCAAAGAAGGGCUUCGCACCGGCGGUCGUGUUUGCUCAUUAGGAUUUGUAGCUGGAGUCAUACUACGUGAAAAAGUUCCUAAAUUUGAGACGAUGUUAUGGCGUGUAUGUCGUGGAAAUGUAUUUUUGAGACUGGCAGAAAUUGAAACUCCAUUAGAAGACCCAUUAACUAGAAAUCCAGUUCACAAAUCCAUUUUCAUAAUAUUCUUCCAAGGUGAUCAACUGAAAACUCGAAUACAUAAAAUAUGUGAAGGAUUUCGUGCCACACUAUACCCAUGUCCUGAAACUCCAUCUCAACGUCGUGAAAUGGCUAUGAAAGUUACGACACGAAUUGAAGAUUUAAAUACUAUACUGGGCAAAACACAAAAACGUCGUCAUCGUGUGCUUGUUGCUGCUACUAAAAAUAUAAAAAAUUGGUUUAUUAAAGUUAUUAAGAUGAAAGCAAUUUAUCAUACCAUGAAUUCAUUUAAUUUUGAUGUCACACAGAAAUGUUUAAUUGCUGAAUGCUGGGUACCUUUACAUGAUAUUAAAAUUAUACAAUCAGCUUUACAUAGAGGGAUUAAACGUAGAGGUAGUUCUGUAUCACACAUAUUAAAUAAAAUUAACACAUCUGAAGAUCCACCAACUUAUAAUAGAACAAAUAAAUUUACAAGUGGUUUCCAAAACUUAGUAGAUGCUUAUGGAAUUGCUAGUUACAGAGAAAUAAAUCCAACACCAUUUACCAUAAUCAGUUUUCCAUUUUUGUUUGCUGUGAUGUUUGGAGAUCUUGGUCAUGGAUGUUUGAUGGUUUUGUUUGCUGCUUUUUUAGUUUUACGUGAAAAAUCAUUAGCUGCAAAAAAAACCGACAAUGAAGUAUGGAAUAUAUUUUUUGCUGGACGUUACAUAAUAUUACUUAUGGGUCUUUUUUCUAUGUAUACUGGUUUUAUAUACAAUGAUAUAUUUUCUAAAUCAAUCAAUUUGUUUGGAUCAUAUUGGCAUAUAAACUACAAUCAAUCAACUGUAAUGGUUAAUAAAUGUUUACAGUUAAAUCCUUCAUUAUCAUCAAAUUAUGAUCAAGUUCCAUAUCCAGUAGGACUUGACCCUGUGUGGCAGUUGGCAUUAAACAAAAUUGUGUUUUUAAAUGCAUAUAAAAUGAAAAUUUCCAUUAUAAUUGGUGUAUUACACAUGUUGAGUGGCGUGUGUUUAAGUUUGUAUAAUUAUAUAUAUUUUAAAGAUCGGCUUUCUAUUUAUUGUGAUUUUAUUCCACAAGUGAUAUUCUUAACAUUUCUAUUUCUUUAUAUGGUUUUGUUGAUGUUUAUUAAAUGGAUAUCGUAUGGACCACAAAACGAUUUUCCUCAUAGUCCUGCAUGUGCACCAUCAAUUUUAAUCACAUUUAUUAAUAUGGUGUUAUUCAAAGAAGCUGAUGAAUUAAAAAAUUGUAAUACAAUUUACAUGUUUGCUGGACAAGGUGCUGUGCAAAAGAUUUUAGUCAUUGUAGCACUUUUGUGUGUACCAAUUAUGUUGCUUGCCAAACCUAUAUGCAUUAUGCGUCAACAGAAAGAUAAAUAUGCACAAUUAGCUAAUGUUCAUGCAACAACUGAAAACGGUGAUGCAGGUGCUGGUCGAGUAGUUCAACAACCAUCACCAUCAGCUGGUGGACACGAUGAAAAUGAGAUCGGUGAACUCUUUAUUCACCAAGGCAUUCAUACAAUUGAAUUUGUACUUGGAUCUAUAAGUCAUACAGCUUCAUACCUUCGCUUAUGGGCUCUUUCUUUAGCUCAUGCACAAUUAUCUGAAGUGUUAUGGAGUAUGGUGAUGACUAAAGGUCUGAUAUUGAAUUCAUGGAUAGGUGGAGUUUGGUUGUGUUUUGUCUUUGGUUUUUGGGCAAUACUAACAGUCGGCAUUCUUGUGCUGAUGGAAGGUCUUUCUGCAUUUUUACAUACCCUUCGUUUGCACUGGGUUGAGUUCCAAAGCAAAUUUUACAAAGGACUUGGUUAUGCAUUUACACCAUUUUCUUUUGAACUUAUUAUAAAUCCUGCUUGGAAUGAGGUUGAAGAAUAAAUAAAAAUUUAAUGUUUUGGGAUCACAUAAUAAUAUGUAUAAUAUAAUAUCUGUCAUCUAUAA